CCCGAUGAGCUUCCGGGUCGGAGGCCCGAUCGCUUGUCGCCGCCGCGGUGUUGUUGGCCGCGGGCGGAGCGGCGGGUCGCCGAGCCAGAUGCCUCCGCUUCGGCCGGGACCGGGACUUGGCCCCUGACGGGGAGGGAAAGGAGCCGAGCGGAGGAGCUGCAGCCCAGGGACGGACGGGAGGCUGAAGCGCCGCCGAGGGCGAACAAAGGGGCCGGGGCGAGUGGGCACGGCCGGGGCUCCUCGCCCGGUCUCCUCCGGCUGCAUCCGAGUCGGGGCCUCCCUAUAUUUCUGCACGGAGCACCUCCUUGCACCCCGGGGGUCGGGGGAAGAGGAGGCGGUUUCAUUCCAGGCCAGGCAGCAGCCGGUAUCCCGGAACGGAUGGAUGGAUGGACGGACGGAGGCGCCGGCUGCGUGAACGAGAGGAGCCGGGCAGUCGCCCCAUGAGAAGCCGAACCUAAAACAUGUUGCUGAAAUACACAGCAAGUACUUAAACAGAUACAAAAGAAGCAUCACUUUUUUGAAGACAACAUGGGAAAUACAACUACGAAAUUUCGCAAAGCACUUAUAAAUGGAGAUGAAAAUUUGGCUUGCCAGAUAUAUGAGAGUAAUCCUCAACUAAAAGAAUCUCUGGAUCCUAAUAUUUCUUAUGGAGAGCCCUACCAGCAUAACACUCCGUUACACUAUGUUGCCAGGCAUGGAAUGAACCGAAUUUUAGGGACUUUUCUUUUUGUUAGAGAUGGAAACCCAAAUAAACGGAAUGUGCACAACGAGACAUCUAUGCACUUGCUUUGUAUGGGACCUCAAAUUAUGAUAUCUGAUGGCGCUCUUCAGCCUCGCUUGACUCGGCCUUUUGAGGAUGAUUUCAGAAGAGCAGAUUGUUUGCAGAUGAUCUUGAAAUGGAAAGGAGCAAAGCUUGACCAAGGAGAAUAUGAAAGAGCAGCCAUCGAUGCUGUCGAUAACAAAAAAAAUACACCUUUGCACUAUGCUGCUGCCUCAGGGAUGAAGACCUGUGUAGAGCUUUUAGUGAAACAUGGUGGAGACUUGUUUGCUGAAAAUGAAAAUAAAGAUACUCCUUGUGACUGUGCAGAAAAACAGCAUCACAAAGAACUGGCCCUCAAUCUGGAAUCCCAGAUGGUCUUCUCGCGAGAUCCUGAAGCUGAAAGUAUUGAAGCAGAAUAUGCUGCUUUAGAUAAAAGAGAGCCAUAUGAAGGACUCAGACCUCAGGACCUGCGGAGGCUCAAGGAUAUGCUGAUUAUAGAAUCUGCAGACAUGCUUCAAGCCCCGCUGUUUACUGCAGAAGCUUUGCUUCGAGCACAUGACUGGGACAGGGAGAAGUUACUUGAAGCAUGGAUGUCUAAUCCAGAAAAUUGCUGCCAACGUUCAGGUGUUCAAAUGCCAACUCCGCCUCCAAGUGGAUAUAAUGCUUGGGACACGCUUCCUUCGCCAAGAACUCCUCGGACUACCCGCUCUUCUAUCACCUCACCAGAUGAAAUCAGCCUGUCACCAGGAGAUAUUGAGACAACUAUGUGUGAAAUCUGUAUGUGUAAUAUUUCUGUAUUUGAAGACCCAGUGGAUAUGCCUUGUGGACAUGAAUUUUGUAGAGCAUGCUGGGAGGCGUUUUUGAAUAUGAAAAUUCAAGAGGGUGAAGCCCACAAUAUUUUUUGUCCAGCAUAUGAUUGCUUCCAGCUUGUUCCAGUGGAGAUCAUAGAAAGUGUGGUUUCCAAGGAGAUGGAUAAGCGUUAUCUGCAAUUUGACAUUAAGGCCUUUGUUGAAAAUAAUCCUUCUAUUAAAUGGUGCCCUACCCCAGGCUGUGAAAGAGCAGUCAGGCUGACAAGACAGGGGUCAAAUACAGCAGGUUCAGAAGCACUUAGUUUCCCCUUGUUAAGAGCUCCAGCAGUGGAUUGUGGGAAAGGGCAUCUCUUCUGCUGGGAAUGUCUUGGUGACGCACAUGAACCUUGUGACUGUGAAACAUGGAAGAACUGGCUGCAGAAGAUAACAGAGAUGAAACCUGAAGAGCUUGUGGGAGUUAGUGAAGCUUAUGAAGAUGCUGCCAACUGCUUAUGGUUACUCACCAAUUCAAAACCAUGCGCCAAUUGCAAAUCUCCAAUUCAAAAAAAUGAAGGCUGCAACCAUAUGCAAUGUGCAAAGUGCAAAUAUGAUUUCUGUUGGAUUUGCUUGGAAGAAUGGAAGAAACAUAGUUCUUCCACUGGAGGUUAUUAUAGAUGUACUCGCUAUGAGGUCAUUCAACAUGUAGAGGAACAGUCCAAGGAAAUGACAGCAGAGGCUGAAAAGAAACACAAAAGAUUUCAAGAACUUGAUAGAUUUAUGCACUACUAUACAAGGUUUAAGAACCAUGAGCUCAGCUAUCAGUCAGAACAACAACUUCUCUCUCUAAAAACAGCCAAAGAAAAAAUGGAGCAGCUGAGCAGAGCCCUCAGUGGAACUGAAGGACAUUGUCCAGAUACUACAUUCAUUGAAGAUGCAGUGCAAGAACUCCUGAAAACCCGGCGCAUCCUAAAGUGUUCUUACCCAUAUGGAUUCUUUCUAGAACCCAAAAGCACAAAAAAGGAAAUAUUUGAACUUAUGCAGACGGAUCUUGAAAUGGUGACAGAGGAUCUAGCUCAGAAAGUAAAUAGGCCUUACCUUCGUACUCCUCGUCAUAAAAUUAUUCGGGCAGCCUGUCUUGUGCAGCAGAAGAGGCAAGAAUUCUUGGCAUCUGUGGCCCGUGGAGUUGCUCCUGCAGAUUCUCCUGAAGCUCCAAGGCGCAGCUUUGCUGGCGGAACAUGGGAUUGGGAAUAUUUAGGAUUUGCAUCUCCUGAGGAAUAUGCUGAAUUUCAGUAUCGGAGGAGGCACAGACAACGGCGACGUGGAGAUAUGCAUAGCCUGCUCAGUAAUGCUCCGGACCCAGAUGACCCCAGCGAAAGUACCUUAGAUACCCAAGAAGGUGGCAGCAACAGAAGACAUGGUAAUUCCAUGGUGAGUUCUGCUUCCAUGAGCAUCCUUCACAGUUCAUCUCUUCAUGACUAUACUCCUGUCAGUCGCUCUGAAAACCAAGAUUCUCUGCAGGCUCUGAGUUCCUUGGAUGAAGAUGACCCUAAUAUCCUGCUUGCCAUUCAGUUAUCAUUGCAAGAAUCUGGCUUGGUUAUUGAUGAGGAAACUAGAGACUUUCUGACUAAUGAAGCUUCUUUAGGAGCAAUAGGUACUUCUCUGCCUACAAGGUUAGACUCUGGUCCCCUAAAUAUAGAUAACCCAAGGGCUGCUUUAAGUAGCUCAGAGCUAUUAGAACUUGGAGAUAGUCUGAUGAAACUAAGCACAGACAGUGAUCCCUUUUCAGCCGACCAUCUUAGUUCUCAUACUUUCAGUGAUGCAAGAAGUGGAUUAUAUUCAACCUCUAGUGAAGCUGAUUCAAGUAUGCAAGACCCUAAUUUAAACGAAAACCUCCUUGGAAACAUUAUGGCCUGGUUCCAUGACAUGAAUCCUCAGAGUAUAGCUCUCAUUCCUUCAGCGAGUACAGAAACCGAUGAUGAUUCACAGCAGCCCAGGACUGAAGAGGGGUUGGGAGAGCAGCCACGUAUUCCCAGUGUAAGACAGGACCCUCUGGAAGAGCAUGCGCUUUUUGAGGACACCCUCAAAAAUGAAGGCAGAUGCACUCAAACAGAAGAGAGUGCUGCAGCGGGGGCUGUUCUUCCAGACGAAACGGUACCACCAGGUGGCAACUCGGCUGGGAAGACUGCUGGCCAAGUGGAUGCUGCAGGAGAUGCUUCAGGUCAGAUGUCCCAGACCUCAACUGAGUGGACUGAGCAUGUGCAUUUGGUGUGACCACAAAAAAAUUAAAAGUUUGAACAUAGAAAUUGAUUGUAGAGCCAGACAGGCUAAGCAGUUGCCAGAGGUUCACAGUGUGGAGUAAGCAUUCUGGAGACUGGCCCACGUAAGGAGAGCUUGGUUGGUAGUGUAGAGGUGGAAUAUGUCGGAGUUCCCUUUAAGUUCUUCAUGAAGAUUAUACAGAUCUUUCAGGGAAUUUCCCUCACAUUUAACAGCAAGUAUCUUGUUUGCUUUGAAGACAGAGGAAUAAAUAGUUUGUACUCUACAUUCCUAAUACAAUGCAGCAUCUACUUAGCCUUAGGCGGGUGAUCCUUAACUUGAAAGUAUGCAUUAAAGGCUGACUAAGAUUCAUUCGGGUGUUUGAGCCUCAGAAACUAUUUUCUCCUUCCCCUUACCUUGAUUCUUAUUGUCUUUUAACAAAACAGUGUUUAGUGGUAUGUUUUUCUUUAUACCUUGCUUUUUACAUAGCCUUUGCCCAACUAAUCUUUAACCAGCAGUGGGAAUUGAGGUAUAUGAUACUUCUCUUGAAUGCUGCUUUACCAAUGAAGAAGUGGGUUGUUGUUUUUUUAAUUAUAAAAUCAAAGAUUUUUUCAUGUCUAUUUACAGUACAGAUGUGCCAAACUGUGAAUAGCAAAUUAAUUUCAACACAAAUUAUGCAGUGUUUUUUUUCCUCUGAAAGCUGACGCGUAAUUCCUUGUGAUGGAAAAACCACAGGAAAGCAUUGCUUGUCCAACUUUAACUGGCGUCUGUUGCCACAGUGACCGCAUUCAACCUGUACCUUAAGUUAAUUAAGCCUAAUUCUGCUGUUAAGAACAGUUAUUUUAAACAUUGAAAUACAGUUGGUUAGCAGCAAGUAUGCUGUAUUGAAAGACACUUUAAUGGAAGUGCAAUCUUUGUCCCUUGUUUUCCACAUUUAACAAUGCAUUCUAUGCACCAUCAGUGCAGUUGCAUUUAAUGGUAACAUUUUAUAUAUAUAUAAAAAAGAAAUUUCCUUGUUAGAGGCAAUCCCAUAAUAAAAGGUUUAAUAUUUGUUACAUGCAGCAUAUUACCGUGCCUUUGCCUAAUCCAAACAGAUAGUUGCCACAGUGAAAUGAGUAAUUAAGUUCAGUUAUCUCUUUUGGAGUUAUUAUGCUAUGAAUUGCAAAGACCUCCAUUUAAAAAAAAACCACUCAUGGCCUUGCCUUUACCGUAAAUAAUUACAUAGGGUAUGAUUCUGCACUGUGUAGGCACAGUAAGGGGGGGCACCCUGCAGGUCUCACUGCACCCUGUUUUCCCCCUCCUCCAUCUCUUGGCAUGUGUGCUAAUGCAAUCCAAGUAAUGGGAAGUCUUUGCAUGUCUCCCAUCACUCCCACAACCCCACUCCAGUCAGAGUUCACUUUUGAAGGAUCCCUCCACGUGCCUGCCCAGAGGAGUACUGUACCCUAAGUGUUCAAAGUUUUUUAUAUAAAUAACAAACACUACUGUGUAUUCUUUCAAUUGCACAAUAUUUGUUUGGUGUGUGGUUGCUGUUUAAUGUAAAAGGAAGAGAGAAAAAAAGACCUUCCCUAGUGGUGUCCUACUGUGAAGAAAAUUCUUGUUAAAUUGGCUUACAAGCUCAGAAACCUCAUUGUAAGUUACAGUGAUACAGUUUGUAAUUUUAACUAGAGGAAAUUGUUGAAAUUACUGUUUUGCUUGCAUAUAAUUAAAACCUAGUACAAGCAAAAUAAGUAAAAUGCUCCAUUUUUAUGUUUGAAUUAACAUGAGAGAUCUACUGACGUCUGAUAUAACGGUUUCUCAUUAAUGAGUGUGUAUAGUAAAGUAUUAUGACAGCAAGUAAGGUUGUAUGUAUAUUGAUUACUGUGAGUUACAAGAAAAAGUGUUUAAAUCUUUUUCAUUUUGAAGAUUACUGUUGGAAUCUUGCACUCCUUCUAAUUCAUAAUACUAAAUAACUACAUAUUAAUUAUUUACUCCAAAAAAAAUUUUAAAAUCUGUUUCUUCUGAAAGUUUCUUUAGAAGAAAUAGUCUGCUGCUCUGUUACUGUAUCCUGUAGAUCCAUUACACUUUCUAGCUUCGCUUCUAACUGCCCUAUCCUGAAAGCAUUGAUGUUGAACCCCUUUCUGACACUGGAAAAUUAUCUAUUUAAACAUUUAUCCAAUAUAAAAUCCUCUUAAUCUAAAAUAGCUCUUCAAGAUUCUGUCCUCAUGAAUUGUACAUUAAUUUGAGACGCACAUACAGCUUCUUUUAAGUUAUAAUUUCCAAGUAGGAUGGUCCUUACACAGAUUUUGUGUAUUGCGUUAAGGCGUCUUGCAAAGCUAAGAUAUGUAUGAGUGCUCUCUGUGACGAUAGUGAAGUUUGUGGGUUCUGGUUUUUCCUGUAACUUGGUUUAGAUUGUGCAGUAUAUUCCAUUGUUUUCUGUGUUAACUUUAUUCCAAGCAUGAAUUUUAGCAUAUUAAAUUUGUAUUUUCUUGGUACUUAUUUAAAAUUCAAGACCACCCCAGUAAUUGACUUUACAAUUCAGAACAAACGUUUGGCAAGCCUAUUUUGUAAACCAAUUAAUUUUAUAAUGUAAAAAAAUACUCUAAUCUUGAAAAUGCUAUUUGCACUUUCAUAGUCUAUACUUGAUACAUUCCCACUUUAUAUACAGUAGGAUAUUACAACCAUGUAGAUGUUUGGCCAAAUGAAUGCUGUUAAUAAUAUGUAAAAUUCUUUGAUUAAACAUUUAUUACUUAAA